AUGUCUGUAUCAGCUUUCAGCAAGAGAUCCCUGCCGAGCCGCUCAGAGACCAGCAGAGAGCCUCUCAAGGCGGGGCAGCCAAGACAAAGCUCAAAGGAGAAUCCUACUCCACGAUCGAUGAACAGUACGGCUAAAAGGAUGGCAAACGAAACCCCAAAGCGUGCUGUUAUUUCUGCUGCAAAGUCGUCCGCUGUACGAGGACCAUCUCAAGCAACUAGGCCUCCAAUCUCAAAGCCGGUGAAUGCGUCGGAGGAAGGAGAAGAUCCGGAUCCGGAGUUGGAGAAACGCAAGGUGUCCAAUUCUUCUAGUGCUCUUCGUGAGACUAUUGCAAGAGCUAAAGCGGCACGGCGGGAACUGGUAGCUCGGCAGACAAGUACAGGCGAGAAGAAGAACAAUGCUUCUAAAAGUUCUCAAGUGAACGCGGCUAAUUCUUUUGCUGCCGAAUCUAUUGUGGAUGAUUUUGAGCCGGGAAUGCUGCAGGAUGAGCACGUUAACUUUUUAAAGAAGCGGGUCAACGCAGCACGCACAGAUGGACGCCUCAACAUAUCUGGAAUGGGCCUAAAAGCAAUACCCAGCGAAGUCAUUCAUAUGUAUGACAUGGACUCAGUUGAAGCGGCGGGUGGGUCAUGGUACGAAUGCGUUGAUCUGGUUCGCUUUAUAGCGGCAGAUAAUGAGAUCAGCGAAAUCGAGGACCACCUCUUCCCCGACAAACAACUGAGUUCUGCAGAGUUUAAUGAGGAUGAAGAUCAUGGAAACCAAUUUGGCGGUUUAGAACUCCUAGACCUUCACGGCAACCUCUUAACUUCAAUUCCUCCCGGCCUGAGAAGGCUCGAGAGGCUUGUCACGCUGAACCUGUCCAACAACAAAUUAGGCCAAGAGGCACUCGACAUCAUUAGUGAAAUCGAAAGCCUUCAAGUACUGAAACUUGCGAACAACAACCUCGAAGGUGAACUAGAGCCUAGCAUCUCGCGCUUAAAGAAGCUCGAAGUGCUCGAUCUUCGCGGAAAUUCCAUCACCAGUCUGCCCAGAAGUCUAGCAGAUUUGGCCGAACUCCGUAACCUAAAUGUAUCAGAGAACAGAAUCUGCUCUCUUCCAAUAGACUCGCUCGUCUCUUUGCCAAUCAGGGAACUCGUUCUUUCCAAGAAUAAUCUCUCUGGGAUUCUCUUUGGUCGCAGCGUUGUUUCAUGGUCCUCUCUCCAGUUUCUCGACAUCUCCAACAACAAUCUUGUCGAGCUUUCAGAAGAGGAAGAAUUUCAUCUUCCUUUACUCCAUACACUAGCACUCUCAUUCAACUCCAUAACGUCCUUGCCGAACAUUAGCUCCUGGGCUGAGCUGGUUACUUUGACCGCGGAGGACAACAAACUUUCAUCCAUCCCGCAAGGUCUUUCGUCUCUGUCGAAACUGAAGAGCGCCGACUUUACAGGCAACAACAUUGUCACACUCGACGAACACAUUGGCAGAAUGGACAGCCUCGACGUCUUGCGUGUAGCUGGUAACCCUCUGCGCGAGCGGAAAUUCCUCAACAUGUCCACAGACCAACUGAAGCGGGAUCUCGCAAGUCGCCUUGAUCCAGAACCUGUCGAUGGCUCCGAUGCGUUUGACUCGGAAGUUCCCAACCCAACAACCGGAUACUCGUCAGCCAAACAUCCUUCAUCCGCUUCUCUGUCGAAAUGGCCCGUUCAAACGGAUGGAAAGCUCGACUUGUCAUCCAAAACACUAGACGACAGCAAUAUCCAUUCCAUCCCAUUCGAAGAACUCGCAAUAAGCGAAUAUACUAUCCGCAAUCUCCUCCUCUCCCAAAAUCGGCUGUCGCUUAUACCCAUGUCUUGCCUGUCUAUUGUUUCUCACAGCCUCGUCAACUUGGAUCUUUCACACAACUCCCUCAAAGGCUCGUCCUAUCUGCCUCUAUCUUCUCCAUCCCCUUCUUCCUCUUCCUCUCCAUCCUCUCCAUCCUCUUCAACGGCACCAUCAACCUCCCUCCCCCUCACCCUUCCAAAACUCAAAUCCCUCUCCCUCGCAUUCAACAGCAUCACCUCCCUCGCCCCUCUCCAGUCCUCCCUCCAAGCGCCGCUUCUUGAAUAUCUCAACGUCUCUACCAACCGCAUUACCUCCCUCCCUGUCCUGCGCUCCACUUUCCCCAGCCUAACCACCCUCCUCGCUUCCGAGAAUUGUAUCCAGGAUCUUACCUACGAAGCUGUCGAGGGCCUGGCGGUGGUCAAUCUCGCGAGCAACGAUAUCGGUUCCUUGCCGCCCCGGAUGGGUCUCCUAAAGGGAUCUCUAAAGAGCUUGGAUGUCAAGGGCAAUAGGUUCCGCGUGCCAAAAUAUACGGUGCUUGAAAAGGGAACGGAAGCUACGCUGGAUUGGUUGAGGGGUAGGAUACCUGCUGAUGAUGAUGCUGAGGAGGUAUUUUAA